AUGGUACUUAUUAUCGUUUUAUUUAUUCUUUGCUUCCCUGGGACUGUCGCUGCAGAUCACUACUUCCGUCGUUCUCUUACUGCGUUUAGCAAGUUACCGGAUUGGUACAAGUCAGCUCUGUUCAAUGAACUCUAUUUCAUCUCGGAUGGUGGGACUGUGUGGCUGGAUCCUCUGUCGCACGACAGUAAUGUCAACGAAGAACCGCCCAUUGACACGGUGCGCAAGCUCAAUCCAUACGUCGUAGUGGAUCCUCUCAAUCUCACUGGUCGGAGCGCCAGCAAGUCGCUCUCCAGCGCCGACACUAGUGGCCACGUCUCACCCUUUCAAGCCCGUACUGCUCACGGCCUCGAGAUGGGCCUCUUCGCCUACCUCGAAGGUCACGAAUAUCGUAUGUUCAACACCUACGAUGUGCACUUCAAUGCCUCGUGGGCACUGAUACAGCUGUGGCCAAAGAUCGAACUGGCGGUACUCUACGAUCUCGUUGACAUGACGGCUUCAGAGGACUCAACUCGAGUGGCUUUCAUUUACAAGGGCCUCAAGGGUCUGCGUAAUGCUCGCCUAGGGGUACCUCAUGAUUGCGGUGACCCUGAAGGAGAGCCCUGGGUUAAUGUCAACGCCUAUAUUAUGUACCCCACCGACAACUGGAAGGAUCUAUCUCCGAAGUUCAUUCUCAUGGCGUGGCGAGACUGGAAGAUAACUGGCAACCGGGCUUUCCUCCGUUAUGUUCUACCUGUCGUGCUGAGCGUUCUUCAAUCCUGCUUGGAAAAAUGGGAUAAUGAUGGAGACGGGAUUAUCGAAAACUCCGGUUUCCCAGAUCAGACCUAUGACACCUGGAAAUCCCGAGGUCUAAGGUAG